CUUUCUUCUUUCCCUCUUAAUGCCUCUCUUAACAUUAAACACCUCUCUCUCUUUCUCUCCUUCUUCUUCCUCACAUUAUAAUUUCUUCCCAAGUCACUAUUAACAUUUAUCUAAUCAAAACGGAAGAAACUAUAUGCGAAGAAGAUGGUGAAGUUCUCCAAGGAGCUAGAGGCACAACUCAUACCAGAGUGGAAAGAGGCCUUUGUUAACUAUUGUUUACUAAAGAAACAAAUCAAGAAAAUCAAAAUCUCUCGUAAACCAAAACCGGCUUCUCAUUACCCCAUUGCUCAUCACUCCGAUUUUGGUCGAUCAAUUUUGGACCCGAUUCGCAAAUUAGCCUGGACGUUCUCGGAUAAACUUUUUUCCAACUCAGAAAAACCAGAGAUCCUCCAGGUAAGGAGAAGAAGAAAUAGCUCAGAAACUGGGGAUGACGUUGAGGAGAUUUACCAAACUGAACUUGUUCAGCUGUUUUCUGAAGAAGACGAGGUUAAAGUAUUUUUCGCAAGACUAGAUGAAGAACUAAACAAAAUGAAUCAGUUUCACAAGGCCAAAGAAACAGAGUUUUUGGGAAGAGGACAGAUUCUGAAGAAACAGUUGGAGAUUCUUGCAGAACUCAAACAGAUCUUAAGUGAUCGGAAGAAGAGAAACUUGUCUGGAUCACAUCGCUCCUUCUCUUCUUCUGCUCGAAACUCUGAUUUCUCAGCAGGUCAGUCACCUUUCUUAUUAAUGCUUUUAAUACAAGUUAGGUCUGAUUGAGGGUAGUUUAAUAAAUUCCACAAGUUAACAUAGA